AUGCUCAUCUCUGGAAAAGUCGAAGAAGAUUACAUCCUCGACCGCUUCAAUCUGACUGGCCUGAAUGUGGAGGUGCAACAUUACACCCACGCGCUUGACCUUAUCACCGAUAACCUUGCGGACGACGAAUUUGAAGAAGAACACCGAGGAGGAAUAGAACUGAGCGCACGUUUUCUUUACGGACUCAUUCAUGCCCGUUGGAUCAUUACCAGCCGCGGACUGGUCAAGAUGCUCGAGAAAUUCAAGAAGGCCGAUUUUGGACGCUGCCCGCGUGUCCUCUGCCAUGGUCAACCCCUUCUUCCAGUCGGUCUGACGGAUGUUCCGUACGAAAAAUCUGUCAAGCUCUACUGCGGACGCUGCGAGGAUAUCUACUCUCCAAAGUCGACGCGCCAUGGUAGCGUUGAUGGCGCAUUUUUUGGGACGAGCUUCCCACAUAUGAUGUACCUCGUCUACCCCGCACUCCUUCCCUCCAAGGCUGGUCCCUCUGACCAUUUGCUUCCCGCACCCGCUGGGACGGACCCGCGAACAAGGCGGCGAGAUAAGCCUGAAGACGUACAGAAUCCAGCGGCACAGAUGACUACAGCCCAGCUCAGUGAGGAGCAAGGAUCCACGGCGACCGCAGCCCUUUCCGCCGAGCGGUAUCGGCCAAAGGUGUUUGGCUUCCAGAUUAAUGAGAUUGCCAAGCUGCAGAGAUGGCAAGAGGCGAUGCGAGAUAAGCAAAUUGCGCGUCUCGUUGCUGCAGAACAAGCAGAGCAGUGA